CAUUUCCAGGAAGUCGGUCCCGGAAGAGAGCCAUAGCAGCGCGCAGGUAGAGAAGGAGAACAAGGAAGAAGAUGGUGGAGACCCCUUGGUCGUCGUGGGACAGCGCCGGUUUGAGGUUUCUCCAACGUCUUACCUAAACAGCAGGAUAGCACAGCAUAUUGUAGUUCAACUGGCAGUGGAAAGCUGGUCAAUUCUACUAAUAGUAAUUCCACCAUGACAAGCCUUCAGCGUAAGCUUCCAGAGUGGAUGUCUGUUAAACAGCAAGAAGACAGAAUAGAUGAUGCAAAAAAAUCUUUCUGCAAGAAGAAUAUUCUGGAAGAUAAUCUACCGUUCAUGAAGUUUAAUGGCUCUAUUGUAUACAGCUAUGAGUCAAACGACUGUUCUCUUUUGUCAGAAGAUAUCAGAUCCAGCCUGCUAGAAGAGGAUGUACUUGGUUUUGAUAUAGAAUGGCCUCCUGUUUAUACAAAGGGAAAAACUGGAAAAGUUGCUCUUAUACAAGUGUGUGUGUCUGAGAAAAAAUGCUAUUUGUUUCAUAUUUCACCUAUGGCUGGCUUUCCUAAGGGUUUGAAGAGGCUGCUAGAAGAUGAGUCUGUUAGAAAAGUUGGUGUGGGAAUUGAAGGAGACCAGUGGAAGUUAAUGAGUGACUAUGAGCUGAAACUUAAAGGCUUUAUUGAACUUUCGGAAAUGGCUAACCAAAAACUACGGUGCAAGGAAAAGUGGAGCCUUAAUGGUUUGAUCAAACAUCUUUUCAAGGAGCAACUUAUAAAAGAAAGCUCUGUACGUUGCAGCAACUGGGAUAUUUUUCCUCUCACUGAAGACCAGAAAUUGUAUGCUGCCACUGAUGCUUAUGCUGGGCUACUCAUUUACAAGAAACUAGAGGGCAUGGAUGCUCACGAGAGUGAUUCCUUCCGUGUUGGCAGAGAGGGGGUUGCUGACUGUAAAGGUGUUAAAAGACAGCUAACUGAUCUGUCCAAAGGACUUAUGGAUCUGGUGAAUCAAGUUCCAAACAGUUUUGGUUGCUAUACAGAGGCUGUAAGAGCUGUAGAUAUUCUGGAAGACCUUUCAGAGAAAUUGGAGGAAUUAAGGAAUAUUAUGAAAGAGGCCUCAAAAGCAGAGGGGAAUGGGCUGCAUUUCCAAAACUCUGAAGACUGCAGCAAAAAAGACAAAAGUAUCCUUCAUGUAGCAUGUAAAGAGUCGCUGGCUGAGCAUAAAAUGGACUGUAAAAAUGCUGACAGUCAAAACAACAAAGAUAUUGACUCCUGCCAAAAUGAGAACCGAGACGAAGACUUUUUCAUGACUCUGGGCAUUAGCGAAGAGGAACUUUACAUGAUGGAAAGGGAAGAUGACAAAAAACAAACAAAUCCUGAUUAUAAAUUGAACAAGGAUUCAUGUGAUACUAAUGAAGAAAAGGACAUGUCAUAUGUAAUUGAAAGUGAUGAAGAUUUUGACUCUGAAAUCAUAAAGUCUCUAGAAGAUUUGGACAAUAGCACAGAAGAAGCGCUUGGAACAGGUGUUCCUCAGGCAGGCUUAAUCCCUGCUAAAAGUGUGGAUACUGUUGCGGAUGAAGAAGAGGAUGAAGGCAUAGAGGAAGAAGAUGAUGAUGAUGACUGGGAUCCAUCCAUGCCAGAACCAAGUGCACAACACAUUUCUUGCUUAAAAACGUAUUUCGGCCAUUCAAGUUUUAAACCAGUUCAAUGGAAAGUCGUUCAUUCUGUUUUAAGAGAAAGACGAGACAACCUGGUUGUCAUGGCUACAGGCUAUGGGAAGAGUUUGUGUUACCAGUUUGCACCAGUGUAUACAUCUGGCAUUGGAAUUGUGAUAUGUCCACUUAUUUCACUCAUGGAGGACCAGGUGUUACAGCUUGAGAUGUCAAAUAUUUCAUCUUGUUUUCUUGGAUCUGCACAAUCAAAAAAUGUUUUACAAGAUGUGAAAGAUGGUAAGAUGAGAGUAAUUUACAUGACUCCUGAGUUUUGUUCUCGAGGAAUUUCCCUACUUCAGGAUCUUGACAAUAGAUAUGGUAUCACUUUAAUUGCUAUUGAUGAAGCACAUUGCAUUUCUGAGUGGGGCCAUGAUUUCAGAAGUGCCUACAGAAGUUUGGGAUCACUGAAGAGAAUGCUACCAAAUGUACCUAUUGUGGCCUUGACAGCAACAGCAAGCCCCUCAAUUCGUGAAGACAUCACAAAAUCUCUCAAUCUCCAUAACCCUCAAGUCACAUGCACUAGUUUUGAUCGUCCAAAUCUUUACUUAGAUGUUGCAAGGAAAACCACAAACAUUUCUAUUGACCUACCACAGUUCCUUAUUAAAAAACAACAAGGCUCCGGCUGGGAGUUUGAAGGCGCCACAAUUGUUUACUGCCCAACAAGAAAGACAUCAGAACAGGUUACAGCAGAGCUAAUUAAACUUGGCAUUGCUUGUGGAACAUACCAUGCUGGCAUGGGAAUCAAACAAAGAAGAGAAGUACACCACCGCUUCAUGAGAGAUGAAAUCCAGUGUGUUGUGGCCACUGUUGCAUUUGGAAUGGGUAUCAACAAGCCAGAUAUUCGCAAAGUUAUCCACUAUGGUGCUCCCAAAGAAAUGGAGUCAUACUAUCAGGAAAUUGGAAGAGCUGGACGAGACGGGCUUCCUAGUUGUUGUCAUGCUCUGUGGACACAAGCAGAUAUGAAUUUCAACAGACACAUGUUGGGUGAGAUUCCGAACAAAGGUUUUCGAGAGUACAAACUGAAGAUGCUGACAAAGAUGGAAAAGUAUUUGAACUCAAGCACUUGUAGGCGCAAAAUCAUCUUAUCUCAUUUUGAAGAUAAACAACUCCGCAAGGCCUCCUCUGGCAUCAUGGGGACAGAAAAAUGCUGUGAUAACUGUAAAACAAGACUAAUAUGUAAUAUUUCAAUAAAUGACACUGAAGACAACCUACAAGAUUUUGGACUACAGGCGUACAAAUUUAUUUCAGCAGUAGACGUUUUAGGGCAGAAAUUUGGGACUGGCGUCCCAGUGCUCUUCCUUCGUGGAUCAACUUCUCAGCGAGUUCCAGAUAGAUUUCGAAAUCAUUCUCUCUUUAGCAGUGGGAAAGACCAAACUGAGGCUUUCUGGAAGGUGCUGGCGCGCCAACUUAUUACUGAAGGUUAUCUACAGGAGUCUUCAGGUCAAACCAAAUUUUCUACCAUUUGUGGUCUUACCUCAAAGGGUAGUAACUGGUUAAUAAAGGCCAACAACGAGCAGUGUCCAAGCCUCCUCCUGCCAUCCAAUAAUGAAUUAUGCCUUCAAAGAACAAGAGUAUCAAACUUCAGCAGUGCUCAAGCCCAUUCUUCCAUGGUACCACACGCCUCCUCAAAUACAAGAUCCAGUAUGCCUAAAGCAGGCCCAGAGAAAAUGGAAUUGAAGGACAAGUUUUCAUAUCAGGAAGCUGAAAGAUUGUCCAAAGCAGCAGGUGUUUCCAAGAGCAGCUUUAAACUUCAGACGCCAUGUAAACUUUCAAGACCUCCUGAACCAGAAGUCUCACCCAGAGAGAUGGAACUUCAGACAACUCUAUAUGGCAGAUUGGUAGUAGCUAGACAGAAGAUAGCUAGUGAGAGGGAUAUACCGCCUGCUGUCCUAGCUACCAACAAAGUAUUAGUAGACAUGGCAAAAUUAAGGCCAACCACAAGCGAAAAUAUGAAGAAACUAGAUGGAGUGUCAGAAGCCAAGUCAGCAAUGCUUGCCCCCCUGUUGGAAGUUGUCAAAGAGUUCUGCAUUGCCAAUAGUUUAAAGGUGGAUGUAUUCUCAGGAUCUGUAUCCCAAUCUGAGUCUACAUUUUUCACUCCGAGAGAACAAGAACGCAUUUCUUUACCAGAGUCACAGCGUAUGUCCUAUUCAUUGUUUCAGGAACAGAAUUUGUCUUUGAAAAAGAUUGCAGAUGUCCGCUGUUUAAGCAUGGCAGUGGUUGGCAUGCAUUUGUGGCAAGCCUUGAAAGCUGGUUACAGUUUUGAUGUUCAGAGAGCAGGCCUGACUCCUGAAAUGAAGAAGUUAAUUACAGAUGCCAUUAGAAAACCUCCCAUUAAUUCAGACCUUUCAAGUUUUAAAGCAAUUCGUGAAUACGUUCCUGCUAACAUUGACGGCUACCUCAUCAGAAUGGUGAUUUCUCUACUUGAGAAGGAGGGGAGCAGUGGGGCUCAAGGACAACCUGAGUUCCCAACACAGAAAACACUAAUACAGACCGAAGAGAAUCCCAAAAAUGUUUCAGUUCAGAAUACCAAGCACAAAGUAACAAUGGGCAAAUCAAUGUGGAUUGAAAAAAAGCCUACACAGCCUGCAACUGCAGAACUAGAAGUAACAAAAGGAAAAGCGCUGGCCCCUAUCAUGUUGGCAUCAUGGAAUGAAGCCAGUCUGGAUGCUGACACUGAGGAAUUAUUUUCAGAAUCACAGAGUUCUACUACAACCCCAAAAAGAAAACUUCCUGAAUGGUUUGGUUCUACAAAAGGAAAUGCUGCAACAAAUGCUGUCAAGAAAGCAAAACCUGGGAAGAAAAAGGGUCUUUUUGAUUAAUUAAAAAAACUUUUUGUAUGGAGAUACAAAACAUUUAAGCUGAAGAUUUGCCAACUAGUGUUUUUGUCGGUAGGAAAAAAUCUUAACAAUAAGCACCAAUUUUUUUGUUCAGUUUAUAAACAGUGCAUUCUUGAUUUUCUUCUAUUUUUAAGGGGAAGUUCACCUUACACAUUUUUGUACAAAAAUAAACAGUUUUUUUUUUUUUACUGUUUUCAUAAAAUUGUAGUUUAAUAUUGGUCUGUCUGCCAGUUUGGUAAUCCAAUUGCAGACUCUGAACUAUUGUUGUUUGCUACAUUAAUUGUAUCUAUUAUAUUCUGGGAUUAUGCAGGGCCACAGAUAAGAAAUAUAUAAACUAAUAUAGCAAAUUGGAACAGUUCAGAGUUGUUGACAUUCCCUACCAGAGCUGCUCCUGGGAGACAUAAGAUGAAAAAUUAAACAUUAAAUUUCAGUAUUAAAAAAAAAAACAAGUAAACAAGUAAAAGGCUACAUUCUCAUAGGUGCUUCUUACAACUUCUUUGUAUCUCUGCUUUUAUAGAUUUCCUCUGCAUAAUAGUGUAAUAUUGUUAAAAUGGAUUAUAUAUACACCUUACACACAAAAUGCUCUUAUGAGUACUUCUGCAACUUGAAUAAACUUUUUGUUUUGUAGA